AUGGCCGGCGCUAUGGAGGAAUAUGAGAAAGAAGCUGGCUGCGUCCCUAUUCUCCAUCCUGAGGUACGGUGCUCACACUCCACUCGUUCACACGGGCGCUUAAACACACACAAAAAACACACCCGACCUGCCUAUGCGUGGAUGUGUGCGUGGAUUAACCUCGCUUUUGUGGAAACUGCGAUGCCCCCUGCAGAAGCACCGGUGGGGGGGCAGUUAGCUAACGCUGCUAAAGGUGCUAACGCUAACCCCCACCUCCUGCUGCAUAGCAGGCAAACGCUGGGCAGAUGUUCGUGUUAAUGCGGAGCUAAGAGCUGCUUUCCGUGUUAAGAGCUCGUAAACACGUUUCUGACCCGCGACUUUAAUGUGAAAAAGUCACAUUAAUGCAUAAACCUGAGAGAGUAACGACGUUAGCUCUGUGGCUGUUAUAACGUUAGCUGUGAUGAUGGAGAUUGGGGUCAAGUGUACAUGGGUUUACAACGCAGUGCUGUGGUUAUAACACGUUAAUAUGAGCAGUAAUGAAUAAAAAGUGAAUAAAAAUCACGUUCGUUUUAUUUAUUUAGUCUCAGUAAAGAUAAUGUUAUCAGCUAGCUAACGUUUCCACUCGGAUGACAGCGUGUAAAUUUCCCAUUCAGCAUUUCUCUCCCACUCAGCUAAAAAAAUCGAAAACAGGCCUUAAUGUUUGGUUUUAAUCACUCAGAAUAAUCAUUAACAUGUCAGUUAUUUGAAUGAACAAACUUAAUUCUCCUUUAUUUAGUUGUUUUGAUGGCAGUGUAAUACAGGUUAACUGAAGAAGCAUCACAAACAUAAAGGUGUUUUUAUAAAACAUGAAGAUUAACAGUAGAAAAAUGACAUUAAGCUAUAAAGUAGGAACAUUACUGCGCCAUUUUUAAAAAUAUAAGAUCUAAAAGAAAGAGGUAAGAUGCUAAGUGAGAAUAUGAGUAUUUACAACAUAACUGUAUAUGAUAAUUAGGGCCGACCGAUAUGGAUCGUUUGGGGCCGAUGCCGAUACCGAUUAUCAAGGGGGAAAAAAUCCGAUUUUUUAAAUGUUGUUAAUUUAAGUAAUAUAUCCACUUAUUUACUUAUAUUUUUUAACAAAUGGCUACUUUUGAGCCUUUCGAACACUUCUUCAAAGAAUUAAAGGCAGAAAACUCAUUUCAAAUCCUUUUUAUUGCUAAACAUUAAGCGUUUUUCUUCGUCGUGUUUACAUAAUAUGACUUACACUACACCCCUGGCUAUUUAUUUUAACUGUAAUAACGAUGAUAAACGAACUCUUUUCAGCUUAUUAUUCAGACUGUAGCAGCUGUUAGUCUGAUUAUUUUGUCAACAUCCGUCUUGUCAAACUCACACACUCAUCAUCCUCUAAAAUAAAUACUCUCUAUAAAUAAAUAGAAAUAAAGCUAACUCACACACAUCCUAAAAAUGAGGAACACUGUGUGUGUGUGUGUGUGUGUGUGUGUGUGUGUGUGUGUGUGUGUGUGCAUGUCUGAGUGUGCUUUGGUUUUGUGCUUGCAGGCCGUGUCUCUAGUGCAUCCACAGCGCCAUAUAGCCAUGUUUGCGAUGUAAUGCACAUUGACACAUCAAUAUUGUGAUGUUUCAAUGCGCAGUAUGUAAGUCAAGCUAAACUACCUUUAUGUGAGUGAGGGCAAUUCGUGUCCAGCUAUUCUGAGUCUGAACGUGUUUGUGUUUUGUCACCUGGUUCUGUGGGGUUUUCAACUUCAGCCACGCUGGUUAAGAGCUUGUCGUGAUGUUUGAACACAUGCAUAUGUUCUUAGUGAUUAUGUGCACGAGACUGAUCAUGCAUCUCUAGAUUUAGUUUUUACAAAAUGAGUGACACACUUGAUAUCCAUCCAGGAUGUCCAGAGGAUUCAGUCUCACAUGAAACUUUAAUGCAUAUAGAGUUAGUGUGUUUGACAACCUUUUUCAUCCAAAAUAGGAGUCUUUGUUGGUCGUGAACAUACUUUUAAUGUGUAUAUUGCUUAUUUUCUCUGCACCUGUAAGCUUAACAGGAAGUUGUAGUUUUUUCAGACUGAACACAGCCUGGUUAUCAGUUGUUGUCAUCCGUGAUAGAUUAUCUAAUCAUCUGGAAGAGCCGUGCUUGUCACACACAUCGGUGUGACACCGUGACGGUUCUCCUCCUUUUCUCGAAUUGUCUGGAUUUGCUGUUUGAUUUGUAUAAGGCAAGUCAGGUGAGCCGUAUAUCGUGGCUGUGCAUCAUUUAAACAAUGAUUCAUUUCUUUUAAAGCCUGUUUGGUCCACAUAAUGUGGGCGUACAAGUUAAUAAUUAUCUAGUGAUUAAUAGAGGUGUUGCAAUACAGUUUUCCUCCCUAUACAGAUUCUAAUAUCUAAACUAAAAUAACAGAGAAGGUUGUGAGACUACCUCGUCCUCGCUUGUCUUCUCCAGUUUGGUCUUUUUCACUCAUUUUUUUAUACUGUUAACAUGAUCAAAUGUUUGUGGCAUUGUAAAAAGGAAAUAACAACAUAGACUGUACGUGUCUGCCAACUUUUUACAAACUUUACUGUAAUCAUUGGCAGCAGCAAAACUGUGUGUGCCAACAUUCAAUUCAAGUAAAUGUCAGGGUCAGAGCAUUUCUCUGCGUUUCCUUGAGAGACAGCUUUAAAACUCAACAGCUUCAUUCUAAUGUCACAAACCCUCUGUGGUCAUAUACCUCGGUUUGGAAGUCUCCUCUGCUGAACACGGUGUUGUUUCACAGUCUGGAUUUUCUGGUUUUUAAUGCUGCGAGAUUGUUGACAGUUUACUAACUUUGACUCUCACUUUUCGCCGCUCAAGCACUGCUCUGUUUUUAUUUGUCACAUGAUGAAUGACCUGAAUUCAGUCCCUCUAUGACUGGUAUCUGCACUGAAGCAGGAGGUCAAAAUCUGGUCUCAGCUCAUGUAAGAUGAGAGUUUCUCUUUAAAAUCUAACAGCCUUUUCCACCAGAGCGUUGAAUGUAAUAGUUCAUUUCCUGCAGAACAGCAUAUGCAUCUACAGUGGUGAUGUUGCUUCAUGGUUGGCAGUCUAAUCUUCACACAUGGAUUUACAUGACCACACAUAAGGUCUAUUCAUAAGUAUAUUCUGCAGAAUUAUGGUCCAAUUUCUUGUAACGGUUGCAUUUGCAAAGAUAAUGACCAUCCCUAUAUUGAGAUGGCGAGGCUCUUUUUUAAAUAGAUGCUCCAGUGUUAGUUGAUAACUUCACUGAAGACCUCUGGGUUUUAUGCAAAUAAGUAUCAGGCCGUAUCCUUGUUUGACUUUGCUCAGAUUUGGUUGACCAACAUUUUAGCUGGGGAUGAUAUUUGGAGUAGGGCUGAGCGAUAUGGGCUCAAAUCAAAAUUAAGACGUUGGAGAGAGUGACAGCUGUAACAAGCACCCAAGUCUCAGUUGAAGAUUAACAAUAAGAUAUAAUUUGUAGAUAAAUUAAAGCUUUUUUUAAAGAAGAUAGAUGAUUUUUUAUUAUUUCAUAAUGUUGAUGUUAAUUGUUAAAUAUAACACAUAAUUACCUGUGCAUACCUCUGUAUACUUACUAUGUAUCAGGACUUAUUAUAAGAAUAUGCACCCACACUAGGGCUGUACAGGUGAGACUAGGGCUGGGCAAUAUGGCAUCAAAUUAAUAUCAUGAUAUAUCAGUUCACCUUAAAAACCUCAAAUGGACGAUAACUACUCCACAAGCUGCUCACCACCUCCCACAUUAACUUCGUCUACUUCAGCCGCUACAACUUUUGAACCGGCCUCCAUCUCCUCACCUGUCUUUCCCUCUUUGUUACGGACUGGAUGGGGUGGAGUCAUGUCUCUGACGUAGGACAGCGUCUUAAAGGGACAUGAGACUAUAGCCUACCUACACACAUCCAAAACCAACCUUUGUUUAUUUUUCUGACACAGAAUAUACCAAUAUUGGCAAAAUGACGUUGGUUGUUUUUGUAAAUUUCGAUAUCAGUAAAUUUUUGGUUUAUCACCCAGCCCUAAUUUUAAGGUAAAGUUAUAAUCAAUGUUGUACGUUAUAAGAUUGUUUCAUUGAUCGCCUGUGAUAAACAAAUAAAUGCAACAAGAAUAGGAAAACACCAGCAUUAGAUCAGCGUCAUAAACCGACCAUCAGCUGACCUGCCCUGCAAACAUCUGCAUCUGUUGAAACACUGACACCGGUCGCCCACUAAUUGACAGUAAAGUAACAUUUAAAAGCACGUUUAAAUGCACAGCUUUUUAAUGAGGAUACCAUUCAGUAAUAUCAGCUUGUUGAGUUGCAGUUAUCGUUAUUUGUCAGUUUGGAAAUGAGAGUAAACGUGGUGUUGAGGUGGCUGAAAAUGUCUCAGUUCCUUGAAUAAAGGCGAUAGCGAUCAUGACUCUAAAAACACCAGUAAACCCAUGUUCACGUCUUGUUUAUAAAACACACAUUUAGACCAUUUAGAUAAGAGAUAUUCUUCUGGAUAAAGCAGCUCUGAAGUGGUUUUAUUGAUCUGUUUAUACAACAUGAUAAGUCUUUUGACCUUACUUCCUCUGCACACAUGCACACAUAGUCCUCCUCACCACAUUUGCAUUUAAAUAGCAUUGUUUCCCACCGUGUUGUAGAUGAAAUAGUUCCCCUUUGUGUGAACUGAUUGAAUCAUUUUGCUGUUAGUCCUCACUGACUCUUUGAGACUCUUCCUCUUUGACACACAGAACAGAUAAUUUACAAGAAGGAAGGGCGCCACUCCUGAUUACUGGAAAUACCGCUAUCAUGUCUUCAUUGCUCUUUCCUUUAAUGCAAUAAAAGAAUGAUAAUUCCCUCCUUCCUGUGUUUGUCGACUGUUUUGAUGUCACCUGUUGAGCCGACAGGAAAGACUGGGAGACUAAAACUGAGUGGUGGUCUUGUCAGUCUGGUCUUAGGGUUUGAGCCUGACCAAGCGCUUGAGUUUGGGCUUCAGGUGUGCAGAAACAAAUAAGACUGAAGUGGUUUGUGAUUGUUGGCAGAAGGUUAUCAUACAAACACACACAGAUAAAUGGCUCUGUUUUAAAGUGGUCAAAAUCCAACUGGUGUCAAACUUUGUUACAGCUGAUUUCUGCUCAGAAAAAUCACAUAAUCCGAACCUGAAUUUUCCUGCAAAGAGUCACGGAAUUUAGUUUUGGUGUGUUGUUAGAGCACUGACUUGUUUUUCCCAAUGUUGCAUGAGUUGACAGGUGCAAAAGCCUCCAGCAUCUUAAAAUACUUAUACAGUAGCUUCCUCUAUGUGACCUUUAGGUAACACACCUAACUGUGAAAGAUUGAUCCUGCACUUUAAUGAAGUUUAUCCCUCUCCACACCGCAGGCAUGGCUCAGAGUUACCCCCUCUUUCAGCCGCCUGCUGCUAAGAAUCUGGGUCAUUUAGUAGUUGGCUGUGGCUGAAAGAAUGAGAGGUACCUGAAUGAGAGCAUUAGAAAUGUCGCUGAAACUCGCAGAAAGAAGUCCUCCAUCUCGUCUUUAAACCAGUCCAACGUGUCGAGUGCAAACGGCUCCACUCUCGAGGAAUGUAAGCCACAAACAGCUGCGACUUUCAAUCUCAUCUGAACAUGCAAAUGAGUGCGCUCGUAGAAACGGCACUCAGAGUUAGCCGUUUGUUUGAUCGCUCCUUUUAUAGUGCAAAUUGGACUGACUCUGUUUCCCCAUUAUUCCCCUCAUAAAGACAGUGUUUCCUCUGCAUCCUCCUCAUGUAUGGAUGGAUGCAAACGGUGCUUUGAAUGUGAAAUGACUCCACUGAGAUGUCUGUAAUUUCAGAUCAGAUCUGAUUGUGAGCUGUGGCUGCAGCACAAUAACUCUGCAAUGUGAUUAUCCAAGGAUGGAGUGAUAACUGUCAUUAUAAGGCUGGGCGAUAAGUCGAUGUUGUCAGUGAACCAGACUUUCAGGUUUGGGAUGUUUUUUUAGACGGAAAUCUAGAUUUUCUUUUUAACUUCCUCCUCAGGGCCCCGCGGUUCACCCUUCCAGUUAACUUCCUGCAGAGAUACACACACAAACAUGGCUGCUUGUGUAAAUGAAGAAUUCGCUCCCAGAGAGGCUGCCUCAUCUACACAACAGUACACAACAGUACACAACAGUGCAUGUGGGCUAAUCCCUCUGGGCCAAACAUUUAUUUUGUGUCAUUUCUUUGCCAUGUUUAAUCUUUUUAGAAGAAAAUUUUAUUAAAGUGAAUGUAAAAAAAAAAUCAAAGAUAGUUUUGUUUUUGUAUUUUAAAGUCAGGGUUGGCUGAUGAUUGACCUUCACUGAUUAGUAUGCAGAUAUUAGACAGAUGAGCUGUAUCAGUGCUUAUUUCAAGGAUGGGCAAAUAUGAAUAGAUUAAAAAUGCGCUACUCUGGCUCUGCUGCUGCUUCCCCUCUGAGUCUGUUGUGUCACCUAGGGCUGGGCGAUAAACCAAAAAUGUACCAGUACUGAAAUUAACGACAAUAAUCAACGUCAUUUUCCAAUAUCGGUAUAUUUGGUGUCAAAAAAAUUAAUCAAAGUUGGUUUUGGAAAUGUGGAGGUAGGCUAGGGUCUCAUGACGCUUUAAGACGCUGUCACCAUAACAAAGAGGUAAAGACAGGUGAGGAGAUGGAGGACGGUUCAAAAGUUGUAGCGGCUGAAGUAGACGAAGUUAAUGAGGGAGGGGGUGAGCAGCUUGUGGAGUAGUUAUCGUCCAUUUAUCGUUAUCGAGGUGAACUGAUCAAUAUAUCGUGAUAAUGAUUUGAGGCCAUAUCGCCCAGCCCUAAUCUCACCUAUACACCCCUAUUGUGGGUGCAUAUUCAUAUAAGAAGGUCAUAUAUAAGGUCCUGAUACAUAGUUAGUAUACAGAGGUAUGCACACGUCAUAUCUAACCUUUAAUAUUAACAUUAUGAAAUUGUAAAAAAUUGUCUUCUCUGUCGCCAAAUUACGUCUUAAUGUUAAUCUUGGUCACUUUUUACAGCUGUAGCUCUCUCCAACAUAAUAACCAUCUCAUCUGUAAAUUAAUAAAUGUGCUUUUUGAGAGAGAGAGAGAGAGAGAGAGAGGAUGCUGCUGUCCAGCAUUUUGUAACUCCAAGCACGUCACGUGACCUCUCCCCCCAAGGAGAGCGGAGAGGGUACCAUCUGUUUCACUCAGCAGCUCCAUUGACAAAAGCAAAGCCUGCUGCCUCCGCGCUCAGAUGAUGUUCCAACCUAAAAUCAAUGGUUCACAUGGAGAGGAUACGGCUUCAAUCAGCAGUAGUAAGAGUGCUGCCUGUCCUGUACUUCAGCAGCGAAAUAAUUAAGAAGCAGAAAAAUGCACAGGCUGCAAUUAUCACUUCUGCUGCAAAUACCACCGUCGGCGUUCUUUAGAUGGCAGAAAGGAGAGGUGACACGGUGCCUGGCAUGGGGUCAGAGGUUAUCUCCACGGUUGCCUGAGACGGAGGAAAGUGAUUAACAUCUGGUGUCUGAGUUUCUAGAGUCAGGCCCUCUAACCUCUUCUUUAUUGAUUAACAGGAAAACAGUUUUCUUGUGUGUGUGUGUGUGUGUGUGUGAGAGUGUGUGUGUGCUGUCCAGAUGAAGUUGCUUGUUUGUUGGUUGAUCUGUCAUAAUCAGGAUAAAAUAAAGUACCCCGUCUUUUCUCUGGCUGCCGAGCCGGUCUGAAUAGCUGCUCGGGGUAGUCGAAACAGAUUGCACUGAGAUGUGUGAAUGACUGAAAGUUGGCAGCGAGCAGUACCUGGCAACACCGACACUUGAGGAAUACAAGAAUGAGAAAAAAUUGGACUGUCAGUUUCAUUUUCUCUCGCCUCACACAUCCUCCUCGGUCUGUGUUAGUCUCCAAAAUAAAGCGGCUGUAGUCCUCCCUGUUGAUCCAGAAGACAUCACAUCAUCCUGAUUUUAAUAUUACGGUUUAAUGAUUAGGGGGGCUGUGAAGUCCUAGUCAACUGGUCGACUUACCCCCAAUUUUCACAGCGUCCAGAACAGCUCUGAUCUGAAACAGCAGCAAAUUUUGCUGUACGCCAAUUUCUAUUGGAUCCGUUUGUGAGGCGAAUUUUGUGAUGGAUUAAGACAGCGGUAAUCGCAAGAACUCUCAAGAACCCACUUAUUUGCGUGCAGUCGCGCGAUAACAAGUUGUCUCUGUAGCCACAUAACCAUAUUAGCAGUAGAUUGUGUCCUUCCAGAGGAGGAAAUCUACUUCUAGACUUCUAGAAUCAGCAUCUCCUCAUCCAUGGUGUCAUCGGGGUGAAAUGACGUCUAAAAACCUUUCACUUGUUCGUCCCCGCCCAUCUGCACGGUGUGAAAUACGAUCCUCCUGAAACACAGUAUUUUAUUUUUAAAAGAAGACGGAUGUUUUAUUUUGUGUCUGUGCCCGACUUCCUCUCCAGCACGGGUUAAUCUGUGCUGAAUUUAUCCGCCGUGCUCCAGCGUCCGGAAAAAAUCGAACUCUUGCGAUCAGCUGUGGAGUCCGGCGAUCCGCAGAGGAACGUAAAGAAGGCGGUGGAAAUUUGACACAUUAACUUGAAUGGUUACGACCAGCUAAGAUCGGCGGAUACGGAUACAGUUUGCGGAUACUUUUCGUAGCCGUUCCGGAUGGGGUGGAAAUUGGGGGUAAACCCCAAUCUACUGCUUAUAUGGUUAGCCAAUGUGGCGAGAAACAGCUUGUUAUCGCACGAUUGCAUGCGAAUCUGCGGGUUCUUGUGAGUUCUUGCGACUCCUGCUUUCCGUAUCAUGAAAUUCGCCUCACAAACGGAUCUGGUAGUAAUUGGCAGACCGUGAAAAUCGCUGGCGUUCUGGAUCAGAGCCAUUUCGAAAAUUUCAGGGUUUUAGUCAACCAAGAAUUUCUUUGGUUGGUUGCAGCCCUAAUAAUUGGACCUUUGGUUUGACUUUUCUCUGAUUUGAACAAACAAAGUCUUGACACAGUUUAUGACUCUGUUGGGCGUGAUCACACAGCUUGUUUAAAUAUUUGCAAAUCUCCUUGAAAUGACUGGAGUUUAAUUUAGAGAAGGAUCACAAUCACAGCUGACAGCCGGAGAGAAAACUGAAUUAGAUAACAUCCUAAAAUAGUUCAGCAGCCCAAGUGAGUCAUUCCUCAUCCAAGUGUGAGAAAGAAUCGCUCUGUAUCGGUUUUUGUCAUGCGCCCUCUUCGUCUCGCUGCUCCACCACCAGUCCCCCAUGGAGGCAGAAACGCUGGCUCAGCAGAUCCUUCUGGAUGUGUAGGAAAGCCAGGACUCAGAGGUUAGAUGCUGCAGCUUCAAGUCUCUGUGGCCCACAUGCCUCAAGCUAGCAGCACCGCAUACUCUUGACUUAUCCUCUGAGACUAACCGAUUAUUCCUAUGUAUCAUAUAUCAACCAGAAACUUUGGGAAUGAUAUACUAGAGCUUUUUUUUUUAAGUAUAAAUAUGACAGUUUUUGAUAAAGUUUAGCUACCACGUCUUCAACCCUUUAACAGAUCCUAAUAUUGUGUGUGAUCUCAGCUCACGCAGAUCUCAGCAGCAGCAGCGUCAGAGCUCUGUGUUUACAAGAUGCAUCCCUCCCUCGUCUCCGGGUGAUGGAGGCUAAUUGUGGUUUCCGUGGUGUUACCAUGGCAGCUAAUUGAAUACGAGCAGCUCAGUUGUCACUUGUUUGUGACAGAUUAGAUCUCCAGCAGGAACAGGGCUCAGUGAGAUCAUUUGUACUCCAUGGCCUGUACGUCCGCCUGUGUGUGUUUGACUCUGCAGUGAUCGGAGGAGGAGGAGGAGGAGGAACUGUCCUGUCUGUCUAACUUUCUGUCUGAUUCUUCGUUUCUUGUUCCCAAACUAGUUUAAUUCAUGGAUAUUUUUAGAGCUGUUUGUCAAAUGUUUUUGCAGACGAUUCACAGUUGAAACCUCUAAAGUAAAGAUGGCUCAGUUUCUGAAAUCGUAGCAGUUCAUUCAGGUAUUACACCUGUGCCAAAAAUGCACCACUUUGCAGGAUUAAAUCUCUGUUGGUGUCCUUCGAUGAGGCCAAACUUUCCCACGAGAGUCAGUUAGAAAAUUGCUUAUAAAUUAGGGCUGGGCGAUAAACCGAACAUUUACCAAUACCGAAAUUUACAACGAUAACCAACGUCAUUUUGCCCAUAUCGGUAUAUUCAGUGUCAAAAAAAGAAACAAAUCAAAGUUGGUUUUGGAUGUGUGUAGGUAGGCUAUGGUCUCAUGUCUCUUUAAGACGCUGUCCUACGUAACAAAGAGGGAAAGACAAGUGAGGAGAUGGAGGACGGUUCAAAAGUUGUAGUGGCUGAAGUAGACGAAGUUAAUGUGGGAGGGGCUGAGCAGCUUGUGGAGCAGUUAUUGUCCGUUUAUCAUUAUUGAGGAGAACUGAUCAAUAUAUCGUGAUAUUGGUUAGAGGCCAUAUUGCCCAGCCCUAUAAUGAACCGUUUUAAAGAUGUCACAGAGGGUUUCCGAUUUGCCAUUUCAAGAUUGACAUUUUUAAAUCGAGUAAAGUUUCUGUUUUCCCCUUCAAAUGCUCGUUGUUUCAGUUUUUCUUGGCUUUGAAUGGAAAUCAGAGAUGUCAUCAGUCUGAUCUGCUCCCCUCACAGAUUUCCGUCCUCUGCUUAAAUCUCAUAUAUAAUGUGCUGUUUGGUUUAAUACCCAUUUACAGACUCUUUAAAUAUGUUCACGUUCAAAGAUUUGUCCCACUCUCUGUGGUUAUACUCCUCUUUACGUUCCCUCUCUGGGUUUAGAGCUGCUGCUCAUGAAUAUACACAGUAAAUUAUCUGCUGACAACUUCCUUAAUUCAUACUUUGGUUGAUAAUAUAUCAUCAAACUGUUCCAGAAUUUAAUAAACCUGUACAUCACUCACUUUUUCUUUCUCUCUUUUCAGGAACUCAAACCUCAGAGUCACUACAACCACGGCUACAGCGAGAACGUCAGCCGUAAAAACCAUGUGGACGACUACAGCACCUGGGACAUCGUCAAAGCCACACAGUCAGUUCAUAAUCAUAAUCAUAUGUGUAAAUCUCUGUGUGUGGUCUCAGGAUGUUCAAUUGUGAAAUGAUUGUGUUUUUGUGCUGCAUUUCACCCUGUACAUCCCUGAGAAGGUUGUCAAAAAGGCGGUUAUUAUUAGCGUUUAUAAUGAGUGGGUUGAUACCGUGGAGUAGCGUGCUCUCUGGUCAGGCGGAGAGUGUCUUAAAUUUAUCAUCAGCUCGACAUAUUUCAUGCUUGGUGGACUUUUUUCACGCCUGAUUGAUCAGUCAGUGAGCAGAGUUAUUUCUCACAAAAGGAAAAAGACUCCGGCACAGACGGCCACGAUGAUCAGAUGAAAAAAAAACGAGAAGCAAAGUUUAAAGGUAGACUGAGGAAAUGUACAGCAGGAUCCAAACGUCUGUUCGAAUAGAGACAGAGGCAGCUGAUCAGUACAGAGAAGAGGAAACAGAGGGAGUGAAGUGAGUCUUACCACCAACUAACCCUUCAGUCCAAAGAGUGUAACAUGCGCGAGUGGAUCCCACCGAUCAGCAGUACGGUCUGAUCAGCAUGACGUUAAUCGAAAUCUACACCACAUUGAUUCAGAGGAGGGUUAUGUUCCGGCUUUACAGAUGGAAGUGAGCGAUAAAACAGCAGCACUGAAUGAAAUGAACAAACAUCCUCUCUCCGUCACUCGCUGGAUAUUUGGCUUUAUGUUUGCUUAUAAUGGCAUUGACAUAAUAACAGUAAAUACAUGUACAGUGAAAUGAUGAUCACCAUACAUGUGUGGAAACUGAUAAAUGAGAACAGUUCACAGUUUCUGAACAAAUGAAUGAAAGAGUGGAUGUUCGAAAAGUUCCUGUUUCUUUUGAAGGGAAUCAUUCAAACUAGGGAUGUCUCGAUCUGAUAUUAUAUCGGUCCAAUAUCAGCAAAAAACUCAUAAAAUCCCAUCUCCUCACCUGUCUUUCCCUCAGGUGGAGUCACGUCUCUGACGUAGGACAGCGUCUUAAAGGGACAUUAGACCAUAGCCUACCUACACACAUCCAAAACCAACUUUGAUUUACUUAUUUAUUUUGACUUCAAAUAUACCGAUAUGGGCAAAAUGACGUCUGUUAUUGUUGUAAAUUUCAGUAUCAGUAAAUUUUCGGUUUAUCGCCCAGCCCUACAGAUGGAUGGACAUGUCUAACAGCCUGAGCUCCCUGCUCGUAGCUUCCCACUUUGAGCUUUAACAGAUUUUUAGUCGAGCUUUUCUCUUCUAAAAGGAAAAGCCCUGUUUGUGUCUUAUUUGCUGGUGUACUUCUGUAUUAACCGUCUUCUAUAGAAAAAUAUGACAAGCUCUGAGGAUGUAGGUGGAGGGAGGAGAAAACGUCCUCCUGAGAAAACAACAGAACGUUUUUGUCACGGUGAAACAGAUUCAUGCUGUUUUGACUCGAGGUUCGAGCUUCUUUUGAAAGUUGGGCCUCAGUGUGGGAGUCUUGUUCGUGUCUAUUGUUUGCUCAUGUUGUGUGUCUUAAUGUAUUGGCACAUUUUGUGUCUGUGUGUGUUUGGGUUUUAUCAGUUCAGCUGAGUUAUCAUCCAUAUUUGUGCAGCUGUUUAAUCCCCCUCUCUUCUUUUCUCUCUCUCUCUCACUCUCUCUCUCUCUCUAUCUCUCUCUCUCUCUCUCUCUUCCUCUCUCUCUCUCUCUCUCUCUCUCUCUCUCUCUCUCUCUCUCUCUCUCUCUCUCUCUCUCUCUCUCUCUCCUCUCUCUCUCUCUCUCUCUCUCUCUCUCUCUCUCUCUUCUCUCUCUCUCAUGUUGUGUGUCUUUCUUAAUGUAUUGGCACAUUUUGUGUCUGUGUGUGUUUGGGUUUUAUCAGUUCAGUUAUCAUCCUGCAGCUGUUUUCCCUCUCUUUUUCUCUCUCUCUCCUCUCUCUUCCUCUCUCUCUUUCUUCUCUCUCCUCUCUCUCUCUUCUUCCUCUCUCUCUCUUCUCUUCCUCUCUUCCCUCUCCUUCUUUCCUCUUUCUCUCUCUCUCUCUUCCUCUCUCUCCUCUCUCUCUCUCUCUCUCUCUCUCUCUCUCUCUCUCCUCUCUCUCUCACUCUCUCUCUCUCUCUCAGGUACGGCAUCUUCGAGCGCUGCAGGGAGUUGGUCGAGGCGGGCUUUGAUGUUCGGCAGCCAGACAAAGAAAACGUAACGCUCCUCCACUGGGCCGCCAUCAACAACAGGAUAGACUUAGUCAAGUGAGUUUGACGACGAUGAUGAUGAUGAUAGGUGUUCAUAGUAACAAGUUACACACCUGAAUAACACUGUAAACAUCCAAUGUAACUUCAGUCUGGAGUGAUCUGAGUUUAAUACUUUGAGUGGGACUUAAAAAAAGGACAGGGUCAUAGAUCGAUGCGGGAAAGAGGUUCACUCAUGUAUUUGUUUGUGCAGGUACUACAUAUCAAAGGGGGCCAUAGUGGACCAACUUGGAGGGGACCUGAACUCUACACCUCUGCACUGGGCCACCAGGUAACACACUGAUCAGCCAUCUGUUCUGUGGAGGAGAUUCUGGAUCUACAGAGAUCCACCUUUUUUAAAAAUCUGACUUAAAAUAUGAUACAAUGAUCGGUGCCUUCAAAAUAAAAUGUUAUUUUGUCUUUUAUUAGAUUUAUUUCAGUUGUACUCAGUUAUGGCAGAAACUGAUUUAUUGUAAAUGAUAUAUAAACAGUGAAGAUAAAAAGAGAGUGAACAGCAGCCCUACUGUCUUAUAUACCUAAAUAUAUUAAAAUGAACAAUAUUAGUCUCUUAAAAAUGUAAAUUAAAGCUUUUGUUCCAAGUUUUUAAUAAGGAUAAUAACUUUAUUUUUAUAGCACUUUUAAAAACAGUGGUUUACAAAGUGCUUUGAUAAAUGGUCAGAAAGCACAGAACGUCGGCACACAGAAAUAAAAACAAAUAAAAACAAAAAGCUCAGUUAAAACAAGAUUUGAAGGCACAAGGAACCCAGACAAUAUAAGAACCCUGCAACAUAAAAUGAGACGAGGACCAAAAUAAAAACAAAAAAUAUACAAGUAUAACAAAAGCUGAAAAGACAGUAAAGCCGAAAUACGACGGAGGUAAAAAAAAUAAAACAUCAUGAAAUCUAGAGAGAUAUAUUUCUGGGUUUCUGAUUUUCUACUUUUGUGUCACAUCAGAUUUUACAAACAAAAAGACAAAACCUUAUGUACCAGUGCACAAAGCAGCCAUCUUUGGGCAUGUAUGUCAGUUUUUCUUUAAAUAUAGGAGUAUGUUUUUAUUAACUUCCUUUAGAUCAGUUUAUUCUCUUGAAAAAAAAAGGUGACCUGUGUUUUGUGAAGGUUUAAAAACCAACACUUCUUCAAACACACAUUUAGUCUGAACGAAAUGUCGUUUUUGUGACUGUCACUCAGUCUUGGUGAGAAGGGACAGGUCACACGAGAUCCACCCCUCCCAUAUACGGAGCAGACAGAGGGGCAUGAAGCGCUGUCCUCCUGAAUUAUUAAAAAGCUCCACAACAAGCAUCUGCAGACACUCAGGAGUCCUGUGUCACAUCCCCACCUCCCCUGAACCACUGACCAAUAACCUUUCAAAGCCCCCCAGCCUCCUCGGCUCGUGUGUUCAGACACCUGCCGGAGCUCAACGCUGACUGUUGUCCGUCCGUUUUCACUCUCUGCAUCUAGAUGUUUGUGUGCAGCGAAAGAGACGGAGCGCAGCCCUCCUUCAGGCGGCGAAAUGAAAACGCAUGGAUUUGAAUUGAUGUCGUUUUUAAUCGGUUUCUUUUGAAUCCCUGUGGGUGUAAGUUUACAUGCAGGCAGGUUUGGUGAUAAAACACUUGAAGUUCAUUUUAGUUAAAGCCUGGAAACCUUGAAUAAAUCAGCGUCUACUUCACUGAGGGAGACUUUAAAUGAUAAAAGUCAGUCAGUAUCACACCAGCGUUCACCUUUGGUUGUUCAGACAGCGCUGUUUAAUCACAGUGGGAGUAAAGACACCCUCGUACUUCGACUGUUUAGCUUCACUCACCCACUCAGCAUGUAAGUGGGCGCUCCAGUGGAAACGGUUUUGGCCUCUUAACCCCCCGUCCAAUCCUCUUAAAGUCUUUCAUUUGUUUGUCGUCCCAUUGGACUGUUUGUUAUUCCUCAAUAAACCCUGAAUGAGGAAAAGAGGAGGAGCGAGUAACCGUUAAAUUCAGAAGAGCUGAUCAAUCUUCUGAGGCUGUCAGAGUCAAGUUUGUUUUUCUGUUUCUCCUCCUAGACAAGGACAUCUAUCCAUGGUGGUGCAGCUCAUGAAAUACGGCGCAGACCCGUCUUUGAUCGACGGCGAGGGAUGCAGCUGCGUUCAUUUAGCCGCGCAGUUUGGACACACCUCCAUCGUGGCUUACCUCAUCGCCAAAGGACAGGUAGGGAACGCCGGAGCUGAAAGAGAACAAUCUGAUCUUAUUGAAAUCUGGCUGACUGUGCUCAAUGACAGGUUUGAGGUUUGUUUAUCCAUCAUUUUGAGACAGACGUUUGCUGCACCGCAGAUCCACACUGACUCAAACUUGCGUACGCGAUGUCAGACCUGUCGUGACAUUUGAUCGUGUCGUACGCUCACGUUCAAAUUGAUAAAUGCCGAUCCUUGCAUUGAAAUGGUCGUACGGACAGUUUUCUGUACGUUCGUUUGAUAAAUGAGGGCCAGUGUCUUUUCCUGUUGAUGUGGCGUUAGGCUGUCUUUGAUAUUAUAUUUGAAGCGCCUAUUCUGCCCACUAGAGGGAGCUCUAACGCUUCUAUUCCACCUCUCUCCUCCUCCUCCUCCAGCUGCCUCAGUUUAAUGUAUCUCUCCUUUAUUUCAGGAUGUGGACAUGAUGGACCAGAACGGCAUGACUCCUCUGAUGUGGGCAGCUUACAGGACGCACAGGUGUGUGUUUGGUAAAACAGUCGAGUUUCUAGACUGAAUGCAUGUUGAAUAUUUUUGACCGUGAUGAUGAGGAGGGGGGGGGAGUCUCCCUGUGCUGUCAGGGCACCUGAACCCUCAUACAAGCCAGGACAUGUUUCUGCUGACUGUAGCCGAACACAGUGACACACAGCCUUGUCAUGUGUAAAUGAGCGGCCAUUCAUCAGACAGAGUGCUAACACAGGAAAACAAGUCCAAGUCUGACUGCUCAGCUUUAUCUUCUUCAGCAGGAACGCCUCCAUUUGAAUUUUCCUCAUUUGAUUAUUUGAUCCAUGAAAAAGAGGGUUAUGAUAUUAUAACUUAAAGCUCCCUCUUCUGCAUUUGUUAAUGAUAUUAGAAAUUAAAUACUUGUAUAAGGCGAUUUUAAUUUUACUUUUGUAUUCGGCAGUGUGGAUCCAACCCGGCUUUUACUGACCUUCAAUGUUUCCGUCAACCUGGGCGACAAAUAUCACAAGAACACGGCGCUUCACUGGGCGGUCCUGGCCGGUAACACCACCGUCAUCAGCCUGCUGCUGGAUGCUAACGCUAACGUCGAUGCACAGAACAUUAAGGUAAUACGUGUAAAUCUGGUCUCAGCUCAUAUAGCUCAUAUGUUUUUGUUCUGUGAGCGCUGACCGGUAUCUGCUGUCCUUCAGGGCGAAACCCCGUUAGACCUCGCAAAGCAGAGGAAGAACGUGUGGAUGAUCAAUCACUUACAGGAGGCGCGGCAGGCUAAAGGUUACGACAGCCCGUCCUACCUGAAGAGACUGAAGAUGGACAAGGUGAAGACCGACACAUGGAGUAGAUAAACACCACACCAUGAGGAUUAUCAACUAUAGAUUAUUCUCAAAACAUGCAAAUGUAACCAGCUCACCUGUCAGAAAACACGCCUCCCGAACAGACGUGCUCGCACACGCCUGUUUGAGAUGAACUUUUGCACCGCUGCGGUGUCACUGCGUGUACCAGGUUGUUACCUUUCAGUCCAAACAUGUCAGUUUGACACCCGUUUACUACUUCUCCUGUUCCCGACUAACCAGACAGUCUGACAGGAAGGAGACGACUCGUAAACAAUAGGUUAUGUUUAACACCAGAGCUGCCGGAAAACACCAGAACGAAGUCAUUUUCUCACACGCUCCGGUCUGAUCAGAGAGGGUGGUUUUUAACAUUUUUAAAGAGGUUUUUAGAUACACAUCUGGGGCUGUUUGCUUUGCUACCAGGAAACUAACAUAUAAGCCUCAUGAUAGAUGUAAAUAAAGGUUUUCAAAAGUGCUAAAACUAAAUACUAAAGAGGCAUUUAAGUUAUUGUGGCGUCAAGAUGAAAACAAAAUGCAGGAAACACAUGGUUGGCAGGAGUAAAUAUGCCGAGGUGAUUUUCAAACCAGCCUUUUCAUUUUUCCUUGUUUGGGUCUUAAAAAGUCUGAUCCUGAAUUUGUUUUAACUCUGCUUUAACUUUUUGUUGUCUCCCUGUUUGUCUGCUGGAAUAUCAAUAGUUGAAAAAGGUAAAGUGUUGAACUAGAAAGAUGAGAAAUAGACCUCUGGAUAUUUGUCUGUCUUACUACAACACUACACAAACAAAUGUCAAAAUAGAAGUGUGCAAGUGAGAACACACAACAUUUACACACAUUUACACCAUAUCAGCUGUUUAUUGUGCAGUUAAAAAAUCAAGGCAAGUGUUUAUAGUUUAUGAGGUUUAUAAAUGUAAUAGUUACAAAGUUUAUACAGCGAAUUUUAAAGUGCUUCACACAGGAUAUUAAAGAAGUCAUAAGUGAUUGUUUAUGAAUGACACUCUAAGAGUUUUUUAUUUACUCCUGUUAGAGAAAAGCUGCUUUCUAAAAUCUAGAUUCAGUCAGACACUUUUGGAAAUGAGCUUUGGUCUGAGGUUCACGGUUUUCAAGUUGGUAGUAGGACUGGGCGAUUUGGCAAAAAAAAAUGAUCAGGAUAUAUUUUUUCAUAUCGUCCGAUCUCGAUUAUUAUUGCGAUUUGUUUUUAAACUUCCAGUUAUAAAGCAUCUGUACUAAAAACUGAAGAAUUUAGAGAUUAUUUCAACAUUUUAUUAAACAGAUCUGUUGUGUUGCCGGUUUUUGAGGCACCGACCACCGACAUACCGCCACACAACCGACGUUCAAUAAUUUUCAUUCUCAACAAUAACAUCUUCGGAGGAUGACUCAAAGUCACAGCUGACUUCUAUUUUGCUGCCCUCAGCGCCGCAUUUAUCUUCAAGUUCAGACAUUCUGUUUACUUCUCCUGUAACUUAUAGAAGAGAGCAGGAUCGACUCUGAUUGGCUGUUGUGACGCACAUUUCCACCAUGUUUGAUCGAGUAAAAAUGCUCACAGCUGAUCACCGUGAUCGAACUGAAAUUUAUCACGAUCAUAUAAUCGCCCAGUCCUAGUUGGUAGGUUUAGUGAAGACCUUUUCUUCCUUCAUAGAUCCAAACAGUCAUUGCAAAUCUUUCCUCUCCUGUAUCGUCUCUUGUCUUACUCACACCCACGCCUUAUAAAUCUACUUUCCCUCUUUUGAUUGUCUUCGUCUUCGUCAUGUUUACCCCGUCCCUUAAAUUCUCUGUAACACCGCCUUCUUUUCAAUCCUCCUCUCUUGCUGUGUUCGACCCGCUGAUUCUACCUUUGCUCUCCUUCCUCUGUUUCCUGCAGGAGUUCAGGCAGAAGGUGAUGCUGGGAACCCCCUUCCUGGUCAUCUGGCUCGUUGGUUUCAUCGCCGACCUGGACAUCGACUCCUGGCUGAUAAAGGGAAUCAUGUACGCCGGCGUCUGGGUCACUGUGCAGUUCCUCUCCAAGUACGUCUCAGUUAUACUGCACCUUUGAGUAUAAUGCAAAACAAAUGAAAAGAGAAAAAAUCCGACCAGAGGACAUGUGCGAUCAGGCUGUCCUCAGUGCUGUGGGAUGAUAAUGACUUCAUGCAUGAGCUUCUGGUGUUUAUUUAAGAAGAUGUGGGAUGGGAUUCAGUCUGUAGACUCUGCUGGCUUUGAGAUCUGGGAUUAACGUGAUUUGAGGGGAUUUAUUUUCUUUUUAAGAAGCACAAAAGACUCCUCUCCGGGAGCGUCGAACAAACUGUACAUGCACGAAGACUAGCGUGCAAACAAACAGACUCGUGUCAUUUCUGAUAAUCCACACUGUGCAAUUACCUUCGGCACACACACACACACACACACGUUUUAACCCCGUCGUCUCGUCCCGCUGAUGUCGUUUGUUGUUCCCUUCACUCACCGUCAUCUCUGGACUACAAUAACAUACAUUACCCAGCGUGUCGCCUCUACAUUUACUGACAUUCUUCACAUGCUUCCUCGUUAAAACAACAACCGCGGCUGAGAAGACCGUGGAUCCGACCGCCGAGUGUCGUCAGGUCACGGUUUGGUUUAUUUUUGCUGCUUCCAGACUCAAAGGACUCGGAUCAAACGCUCAGGUUUGCGUCCGUCCAUAUGUGCUACAGUGAACAGGUUUAACAUCUGCUGGAAGAAUGUCUUGAUGUAUGAAACAUGGACAGUAUGAGCAGAGCGGGACCUGUGGUGGGACUGAACGAUCAUAAAGGGAAAUUCUGGUCCAGUGUAAUUUCACUGAAUCAGAUUUCUUUGCACCCUGCAGUCUGUUAGACGAACACUUUAGCAGGAAAAACAACUCUGAGGUUUGAUUGUCUCGGUUUUUUGGAGACGGAUGUCACCAUUUUAGAUUAAGAGAGGUAAUGAGACAGGUAAAGGUGCGCACCUGUCCUUAAUCAUGCCUAAAAUUCAGCCGCAUUUAACCGACAUGGAUCACUUUUAUCUGAAUCUACCUCUGUGCACAUGUGAACAUGUUUAAAUCUGCUGUGAAGAAGGUAUUUCAUGAUUAGUGUAACUGAUUUAGGCUCCAUUUAUACAUACCUGCUUAUUUUUAAAAACAUGAACCAUCGUUUGCACCCUUCGUUUAGAUGCAAACAGAGAAUUCGCCCCUGAAAAAGAUGCUUUUUCAAAGAUCUGUUUGCAUGUAAACAAAGAAAAACGGCGGUAAACAGAGAUUUGGGUAGCUGACGGCAGAUUGAGCGCCAAGAACUUGGUUAAAUGUGACGUUGUUUACAAUCUACAGUCUGUGUUUACAAUCUAUGGUGAUUAUAGAUGCGUGCAGGAUAGCAGUCCCAUUUAUUCCGGUUCAAUCCCUUCAUAUUUGUUUGCAUUUGAAUCUUUUCCAAAAGAAGGAGGGGAUGUGGUUAUUGUUGUUGUUGUUGCUGCUGCUUUGAGGGAUUCCAAUGGGCUAACUUGAGCUUCACGACACUGCCACCUACAGGUUUGGCAUGCUCCUGACGACAUAUAUACACAGGUUCAUGUAAACGAAAACUUUUCUGAAAACGUAGAGGUGUGCACGCAGUUGUUUUGUAAACAGAGAGGGUGAAAUGUCUGUUUAUGAAAAUAGCCGGGCGUGUGUAAGCGUAGUCUUACUUUCACACUCUGAAGUUGAAUCCUGAGAAGGACGGCACAGACCACAAAAACAUGCUAAUAACUCCUCCUCCUCCUCCUCCUCCUCCUCUUCCUCUUCCUCUCUCUCUGUCUCUGCAGGGCUUUCUUCGACCACUCCAUGCACAGCGCUCUCCCUCUGGGGAUCUACCUGGCCACCAAGUUCUGGAUGUACACCACCUGGUUUUACUGGUUCUGGAAUGAUAUCCUUUUUCUGUCGCAGACUGAUUAG